AUGCCAUCAUACAAACUUUCUUAUUUUAAUCUUCGUGGUUUUGCCGAAGUAUCUCGGCUGAUUUUUGCUGCUGCUGGUGAAAAAUAUGAAGAUGUUCGUUAUGAACGAGAUCAAUGGCCAGCACACAAAGAUGAGAUGCCAUUAGGUCAAAUGCCUGUUCUUGAAGUUGAUGGUGUCAAAUUACCACAAUCAGCAGCAAUUGCAAGAUUUCUUGCUAAACAAUUUCAUUUAGCUGGUAAAGACAAUUUCGAACAAGCACAAGUUGAUGCUGUUGUUGACACAAUAUAUGAUUUAUUGAAGGCGUUUAUACCAUCUCGUCGUGAGCAAGAUGAAGCUAAAAAAGAAGAAUUAACAAAAAAAUUCUUUGGUGAAGAACUACCAAAACAUUUACAAAAUCUUGAAACUCUUGGUAAACUAUAUGGUAAUGGUGGUCAUUUCUUUGUUGGUAAUCAGUUGACAUGGGCAGAUUUACUCUUUCAAAAUUUCGCUGAAACUUUUGUUGGAAUGAACGCUGAUUGUUUAAACAAUUUUCCAUGGUUACAAAAAAAUCGUGCUGAAGUUGAAAAACAACCCAGAAUUGCAGAAUAUCUUAAGAAUCGACCGAAAACAGAAAUAUAG